UUCCACUUCUUUCUCUUCCAGGGUCAGAAAUCUUGGAUCGAGAGAACUUUUUGCAAGCGGGAAUGUAUCUGUGUAAUUCCCAGCGCUAAAGACCCAAACAGGUGUUGCUGUGGCCAGCUCACCAACCAGCAUAUUCCUCCUCUGCCAAGUUUAACCCCCAGCAAAAAUGGAGACGAAAAUAAACAGGUGGAGACUCAGCCCGAAAAAUGGUCUGUCACCAAACACACCCAGAGCUACCCAACCGACUCAUAUGGGACUCUUGAAUUCCAGGGCGGCGGGUACUCCAAUAAAGCCAUGUAUAUCCGCGUAUCCUAUGACACCAAACCAGAUUCGCUGCUUCAUCUCAUGGUGAAAGACUGGCAGCUGGAACUCCCCAAGCUCCUAAUAUCUGUGCAUGGAGGCCUCCAGAACUUUGAGAUGCAGCCCAAGCUGAAGCAGGUCUUUGGGAAAGGCCUAAUCAAGGCGGCCAUGACCACUGGGGCCUGGAUUUUCACUGGGGGAGUCAGCACUGGUGUCAUCAGCCAUGUCGGGGAUGCCUUGAAAGACCACUCCUCCAAGUCCCGAGGCCGAGUCUGUGCUAUAGGGAUUGCUCCAUGGGGCAUCGUGGAGAAUAAGGAAGACUUGGUCAGAAGGGAUGUCACCAGAGUGUACCAGACCAUGUCCAACCCUCUGAGCAAGCUCUCUGUGCUCAACAGCUCACACACUCAUUUCAUCUUGGCCGACAAUGGCACUCUGGGCAAGUAUGGCGCCGAGGUGAAGCUGCGCAGGCAGCUGGAAAAGCACAUCUCCCUGCAGAAGAUCAACACAAGACUGGGGCAGGGUGUGCCCGUCGUGGGCCUCGUGGUUGAAGGGGGCCCUAACGUGGUUUCCAUUGUCCUGGAAUAUCUCCGAGAAGACCCUCCGGUCCCCGUGGUGGUUUGCGACGGCAGUGGACGUGCCUCGGACAUUCUGUCUUUUGCGCACAAGUACUGUGAAGAAGGAGGGAUAAUAAAUGAAUCCCUCAGGGAUCAGCUUCUAGUUACCAUUCAGAAAACAUUUAAUUACAGCAAGACACAGUCGCAUCAGCUGUUUGCAAUUAUAAUGGAGUGCAUGAAAAAGAAAGAGCUCGUCACCGUGUUUCGGAUGGGUUCCGAGGGCCAGCAAGACAUCGAGAUGGCCAUUUUGACAGCCCUGCUGAAAGGAACAAAUGCAUCGGCUCCAGACCAGCUGAGUUUGGCCCUGGCUUGGAACCGCGUGGACAUAGCACGAAGCCAGAUCUUCGUCUUUGGGCCCCACUGGCCGCCCCUGGGAAGCCUGGCACCCGCAACAGAUAGCAAGGCCACAGAGAAGGAGAAGAAGCCACCCACGACAACCACCAAGGGUGGCAGAGGAAAAGGAAAAGGCAAAAAGAAAGGGAAAGGGAAAGAGGAAGUGGAGGAAGAAACAGACCCCCGGAAGAUAGAGCUACUGAACUGGGUGAAUGCUUUGGAGCAAGCGAUGCUGGAUGCUCUAGUGUUAGACCGUGUGGACUUCGUGAAGCUUCUGAUUGAAAACGGAGUGAACAUGCAGCACUUCCUCACCAUCCCAAGGCUGGAAGAGCUCUAUAACACAAGACUGGGCCCACCAAACACACUUCAUCUGCUGGUGAGAGAUGUCAAAAAGGGAAACCUUCCACCUGAUUACCACAUCAGCCUCAUCGACAUAGGGCUUGUGCUCGAGUACCUCAUGGGAGGAGCCUACCGCUGCAACUACACUAGGAAAAGUUUUCGGACCCUUUACAACAAUUUGUUUGGACCAAAAAGGCCCAAAGCUCUUAAACUUCUGGGAAUGGAAGAUGAUGAACCUCCAGCCAAAGGGAAGAAAAAGAAAAAGAAGAAAAAAGAGGAAGAGAUCGACAUCGACUUGGAUGACCCCGCUGUGAGCCGUUUCCAGUACCCCUUCCAUGAGCUGAUGGUGUGGGCGGUGCUGAUGAAACGCCAGAAGAUGGCGGUCUUCCUCUGGCAGCGAGGAGAGGAGAGCAUGGCCAAGGCCCUCGUGGCCUGCAAACUUUACAAAUCCAUGGCCCACGAGUCCUCUGAGAGUGAGCUGGUGGAUGACAUCUCCCAGGACUUGGACAACAAUUCAAAAGACUUCGGCCAGCUUGCUAUGGAGUUGUUGGACCAGUCCUAUAAGCAUGAUGAGCAGAUUGCCAUGAAACUUCUGACUUACGAGCUGAAAAACUGGAGCAACUCAACCUGCCUCAAACUGGCUGUCGCAGCCAAACACCGAGACUUCAUAGCCCACACCUGCAGCCAGAUGCUGUUGACUGAUAUGUGGAUGGGAAGGCUGCGGAUGAGGAAAAACCCCGGUCUGAAGGUUAUAAUAGGGAUUCUUCUUCCCCCCACCAUCUUGUUUUUGGAAUUUCGCACUUGUGAUGACUUCUCAUAUCAAACGUCCAAGGAAAACGAAGACAGCAAAGAAAAGGAAGAGGAGAACGUGGAUGCAAAUGCAGAUGCUGGUUCAAGGAAAGGGGACGAGGAGAAUGAGCACAAAAAGCAAAGAAGUAUUCCCAUUGGAGCAAAGAUCUGUGAAUUCUAUAACGCGCCCAUUGUCAAGUUCUGGUUUUACACAAUCUCGUACUUGGGCUAUCUCCUGCUGUUUAAUUAUGUCAUCCUGGUGCGGAUGGACCGCUGGCCCUCGAUGCAGGAGUGGGUUGUCAUCUCCUACAUUGUGAGCCUGGCCCUGGAGAAAAUCCGAGAGAUCCUCAUGUCAGAACCAGGCAAACUCAGCCAGAAGGUAAAAGUUUGGCUUCAGGAGUACUGGAACAUCACUGACCUGGUGGCCAUCUCUAUGUUCAUGAUUGGAGCGAUCCUUCGCCUACAGAAUCAGCCGUACAUGGGCUAUGGCCGAGUGAUCUACUGUGUGGACAUUAUCUUCUGGUACAUCCGAGUCCUGGACAUCUUUGGUGUCAACAAGUACCUGGGGCCCUACGUGAUGAUGAUCGGAAAGAUGAUGAUCGACAUGCUGUAUUUUGUGGUCAUCAUGCUGGUCGUGCUGAUGAGUUUUGGAGUAGCCCGACAAGCUAUUCUGCACCCAGAUGAGGAGCCUUCUUGGAGACUGGCCCGAAACAUCUUCUACAUGCCCUACUGGAUGAUCUACGGAGAGGUGUUUGCAGACCAGAUAGACCUCUAUGCCAUGGAAAUUAAUCCUCCUUGUGGUGAAAACCUGUAUGAUGAGGACGGCAAGCGGCUCCCGCCCUGUAUCCCAGGUGCCUGGCUCACACCCGCCAUCAUGGCAUGCUACCUGCUAGUGGCCAACAUCCUGCUGGUGAACCUGCUAAUCGCUGUCUUCAACAAUACCUUCUUUGAAGUAAAGUCAAUAUCCAACCAAGUGUGGAAAUUCCAGCGGUACCAGCUGAUUAUGACAUUUCAUGACCGGCCAGUCUUACCACCACCGAUGAUCAUUCUAAGCCACAUCUACAUCAUCAUUAUGCGUCUUAGUGGUCACUGCAGGAAAAAAAGAGAAGCGGACCAAGACGAACGAGAUCAUGGACUGAAGCUGUUUCUGAGCGACGAGGAGCUGAAGCGGCUGCACGAGUUCGAGGAGCAGUGCGUGCAGGAGCACUUCCAGGAGAAGGAGGACGAGCAGCAGUCGUCCAGCGACGAGCGCGUCCGCAUCACGUGCGAGAGAGUUGAAAAUAUGUCAAUGAGACUGGAAGAAAUCAAUGAAAGAGAAAACUUUAUGAAAGCUUCUCUACAGACAGUUGACCUUCGACUUUCUCAACUAGAAGAAUUCUCUAGCAGAAUGGUGAAUGCGCUUGAAAAUCUUGCAGGAAUUGACAAGUCUGACCUGAUACAGACUCGGUCUCGAGCUUCUUCUGAAUGCGAUGUAACUUAUCUUCUAAGGCAAAGCAGCGUCAACAGCGCUGAUGGCUACAGCAUGUACAGAUACCAUUUUAAUGGAGAAGAGUUACUGCAUGAGGAUGCCUGUCUCUCCAUGUCACCAGGGGCAGGAUUAAGGAAAAAAACCUGCUCUUUCCGUAUGAAGGAAGAGAAAGACACAAAAAUGCACCUGGUACCCGAGCAUCAGGGCAGCCUCUACCCACUACCUAGCAGAAGCCCAGCAGCAAUACCAGAAUGCAGCAGACCUGCCUCAGACAGCUUAAAGGACCCAUCAGAGCCAAAAUUAGGUCCAGACAUUGGGAUUUCAACCGAAGAUGAUGGAAGGCAGGCAGACUCUAAAAGCGAAGAAACUAUUUCCCCAGAUUUAAAUCAAACAUAUGUUAUGCAUGGACAGAAGAAAUCAGAUUUUCAAAACACUCAGCUAACAGUGGAAACUACAAAGGUACAAGGCACUGUUUUCUGUCCCUUACAAGAAACAAAAAUUACCCGCUAUUACCCUGAUGAAACUUUCAACACUUACAAGACAAUGAAGUCCAGAAGCUUUGUAUAUUCUCGUGGAAGGAAGCUGGUCAGUGGGGUUAACAACUGCAGUGCAGAAUACAGUUCAGUGUUGGACCAGGCAGGCCCUUCCACAGUACAACAAUGGACAACAGAAUUGAAAUGCCAAGUUCAAAAGAUUACACGUUCUCGCAGUACAGAUAUUCCUUCCAUUGUGUCUGAAGCUGCAGUGCAAGCCGAGCAGUUUGCAGAUACCAAAGAUGAAGACUCUAUUUCUGGAAGCGUCCCUCAAAUCUCUUGUUUAUCCCUAGCUGCUACUGACAGAACUGAAAAAGAAGAUUUACUGUCUGUGAAACCAGAUCAAGCUUUCGGAUUUCCAUCUAUAAGGUCAAAAAGUUUGCACGGCCAUCCUAGCAAUGCUAAAUCCCUUCAGGGUAGAUUAGACAGAUCCGGACAUGCCAGCAGUGCAAGUAACUUAGUAGCUGUGUCUGGGAUUACAACAGAGGGACAAAAAGCUAAGCAAGAGAAAACAGCCACAGAAACGGAAUGCUAAUGUGCUUUGCUUCUUCGAUUUUUAAAUCAGAACUACUAAGAGGCUAUUUUGGCCAUUUCAACAGCAUAAAUCUCUGAAAAUAUUUUCAUUAAAAGUUUUUGAUACUUUGAACCUAUUAAUUUAAAAUGUAAUGCACUAAACUUAAAGUAAUAUUUUGUUAGCCUAUGUUAGUAAACUCAGUGUUUUAGUUGGAAUAGGGUCAAAUAAAAGUGACAAUAAUCCGACCAAGAUAAAUCAAUACAUAGAUUCUACAAUCUCCUUACUUCUAGGGCCACCAAGUAGCCUAAGAAAUGCCAUUGGGUGCCAUCACCAAUAGGUCACUUAAGGAGUAAGUAACU